CCUCAGCUGCUGGUGAAGGCUGCAGUCAACCCUUUAUGUGUGUUUGUGGAUGAAUUUUGAACUUUGUUAACCCAGAGUGUCCUUGACUUUGUCUCAAGAGGAUCCCUGAUUUGUACUUGCCUGUUGUCAACCAGAAGGAUUUAGAAUAAUGAGAAGGUUGUGACCAUCAAGGGGGGAUGUCAGCGCUGCCUUCCUGGGAUUGGAGGAUCGAAAAGGAGAAAGGACCAGAACUGUUUGAUCCAGGCUGCUUUUGACUGCUGCCUCAAUCUGCUGUACCCUGGUGGUGGUGGAAGAACAGGGCAGUGGUUUCUGCUGGGUUCUGUGGUGUCACCACAGCAGGGUCACCAUGAAUGUAACAAGUUUAUUCUCCUUCACCAGCCCAGCAGUGAAGAGGCUGUUGGGGUGGAAGCAAGGGGACGAAGAAGAGAAGUGGGCAGAGAAAGCUGUUGAUGCAUUAGUGAAAAAACUGAAAAAGAAGAAAGGUGCUAUGGAGGAGCUGGAGAAAGCCCUGAGCUGUCCUGGCCAGCCCAGCAACUGUGUGACAAUCCCUCGUUCCCUGGAUGGCCGGCUCCAGGUGUCACACAGGAAGGGGCUCCCGCACGUCAUCUACUGCAGAGUGUGGCGCUGGCCCGACCUGCAGAGCCACCACGAACUGAAACCUCUGGAAUGCUGCGAGUUCCCCUUUGGGUCAAAGCAGAAGGAGGUUUGCAUCAAUCCCUACCACUACAAGCGGGUGGAAAGUCCUGUUCUUCCUCCGGUGCUGGUGCCGAGGCACAGCGAGUACAACCCCCAGCACAGCCUCCUGGCGCAGUUCCGCAACCUGGGGCAGAACGAGCCCCACAUGCCGCACAACGCCACCUUCCCGGACUCCUUCCAGCAGCCCAGCAGCCACCCCUUCCCCCACUCGCCCAGCAGCAGCUACCCCAACUCACCUGGGAGCAGCAGCAGCACCUACCCCCAUUCUCCAGCCAGCUCAGACCCGGGCAGCCCUUUCCAGAUGCCAGCUGAUACUCCCCCGCCCACUUACCUGCCUCCGGAAGAUCCGAUGACACACGAUACCUCGCAGCCCAUGGAUACCAACAUGAUGGCACCUGCAAUUCCCCCUGACGUGCACAGAGGAGAUGUCCAGGCCGUCGCUUACGAAGAGCCCAAGCACUGGUGCUCCAUCGUCUACUACGAGCUGAACAAUCGCGUGGGGGAGGCGUUCCACGCGUCCUCCACCAGCAUCCUGGUGGAUGGCUUCACUGACCCCUCCAACAACAAGAACAGGUUCUGCCUGGGGCUGCUCUCCAACGUCAACCGCAACUCCACCAUUGAGAACACCAGGCGGCACAUCGGCAAAGGUGUCCAUCUGUACUACGUUGGAGGGGAGGUGUACGCUGAGUGUUUGAGCGACAGCAGCAUCUUCGUGCAAAGCCGGAACUGCAACUACCACCACGGCUUCCACCCCACCACGGUCUGCAAAAUCCCCAGUGGCUGCAGUCUGAAGAUUUUCAAUAAUCAAGAGUUUGCUCAGCUCCUGGCUCAGUCUGUGAACCAUGGCUUUGAGACAGUGUACGAGCUUACUAAGAUGUGCACUCUCCGGAUGAGUUUCGUAAAGGGCUGGGGAGCUGAAUAUCAUCGCCAGGAUGUAACGAGCACUCCAUGCUGGAUAGAGAUACAUCUCCAUGGUCCCCUUCAGUGGCUGGAUAAAGUACUUACUCAGAUGGGCUCUCCUCAUAAUCCUAUUUCUUCAGUGUCUUAAAAGGUCCCAAGCUCCUGCAUUACGGAAACAGUUGAGCCUUGCAUGUACUUGAAAGAUGUAUGAGUCAGACACACAUUUUUAUUUUUUUUCCCCCCUCAGCUGGCAACAGCUGAAAAAGAGCCAUGAAAACACUUGACUUCUGUGACCAACUGCUGGGUUCAGAAAACAAAGAUAAAUAAACCCCUUUGACAUACUGUUGGUAUAAAGAAUUUUAGUUUACAUUGUAAUGUACUGUUGUGGAGUUGAUUUACAGGGCUUAGUACAAGAGGGACAACAGAGCCAAAGCCAAACUCAGUGUGCUGGACAGAGUUCCCGAAGGAUUUUCCGGCAGCCGUCACUCUUAAGGUUCUCCUUCCUUACAUUCAGCACUCACUGGUUCCCCCCACGUCCUCUGGAGCUGAGAGUGGAUGUUGGCCAAGUCUGCUUCUUGCAGCCUCUCUUCAGUACUUCUUGGAAACACUACACUGAUGGCUGCUGUUCUCUUUCAAAGUAAAAGCAAGCAUAAGGUUUAAUCUCAAUAACUGUGUGCUAUCUCUGAAAUUGUGUCCUGACCAUACUGCUGUAAGAAUGUUAGGUAUGUUCUUUUGCUAAAUGUAUGUACGGUGUAUUUGAAAGUUUAGAAAUUAAUUAGAUUUAGACCAUAAAGGAAUUAGGAAUAUUUGAAUGGGGGGAGGUGGGAGUGGGAGGGGAAAAUGACAGCUGAAAUGUAGAAUAUAUUGUAAACAUAGCGUGUUAGUUUAAACUGAGGUCUGAAUUUUGUUGUGCAUUUUGUUUUCAUAGUGGCUUUAUCUUGUUAGUUCUGACUAUUUUUGCCUCUUCCUUUUCCCCCAAAGCAAUUGUGCAGCUUCUUUUACCCAUGAAGAGGACAAAAUUGUUAAUUACUGCAGUUUUGAAGGCUGUAGCUCUAUGUAUUUCAAGACAAAUUUGUACAGAGUGCUCUUUAACUAUUGAGCAGUUUUAUACAGUUUAUGUAACAAAAGUAGGCUUUUAAUUUUGUGAGAGAAUCUUGUUUUGCCAAACCUAGUAACUGUUAAUUGUCUGGAGGAGUUCAGUAUCCCUGUGGGGGUCUAUUUCAAACUUUAAAAUAUAUAUAUAUAUAUAUAUAUAUUUUUAAUUUUUUUUUUCUGCUUGAUUUAUUUUCUUCUCUUUGCUCUUUUAUAUUCAUGUAAGCUGUAGUACUUUCAAGUACUUUUUUUCCAAAACUAGUGGGUCCUCUUUACUGGAAAUUUUGAAUAAAACCUGUUGUUACUGCUUACA